UGGGAUUCAUUUCUCAAAUGGGAGAUUCAUGAACUGGAAGAGUGGAAAAAUUCUGAAACCCAGGCAAGAGUUUAAACCGAAAGUAUGUUUCGAUUUAGUGGGCUGCUUCGCCGACCCCCAGCGUCCCAGCAUUUCUUUGAAGCGUCGUCCCGAGGAUCCUAGUGUAAUCCAAACAAAAUUUUUACUCUACACCAGAGAAACUCGUGAGAAACACGAGGAACCGGAAGUCUUGUACUACGAUGACGAGGCCAAAUCCAUUACAAAGUCACAUUUUAAUGCAACAAGGGCCGUAAAAGUUAUUGUCCAUGGAUUCAAAGGCAGUGGCAGUGAUGUUGGUGGCAUCCGGGGUGCAAAUUCUCUCCUGAACUUGGAAGACCUUAAUGUCAUAAUCCUGGACUGGACCAGAGGGGCAGGUACUAGUUAUCAAACAGCAGUAGCAAACACUGAGCUAGUUGGACGUCAACUAGCACUCAUUCUCCUAGAUGCUAUCAAUCUAGGUAUAAAUCCCAAUGACAUCCAUGUCGUGGGUUUCAGUCUCGGUGCACACGUUGCUGGAUGUGCAUCAGAAGUGUUAAAAGAAAAGAAACUGUUAAUAGGUCGGAUAACGGGCCUUGAUCCAGCAUCACCAUUUUUCCGUCAUCAUAUACUUAGACAGAAAUCAAGAAAACUGGAUGUCUCUGAUGCACGCUUCGUUGAUAUCAUACAUACUGAUGGCUCAGAAGUGUUUACAGAUGGGUUCGGACUUUUACGACCCAUUGGGCAUGUUGAUUUCUUUCCAAAUGGUGGCCGGGAGCAGCCUGGGUGCACUGAUGUGAAGAAUUCCAUUAUUUACAGCCAUUUCCAUGAGGAUCUUUUGGACAGGGCGAUCGCCUGUAGUCAUCUUAGAGCAUGGCAAUUAUUUGUGGAGAGUGUCCAGAGCCAAUUGAGUGAAUGCAAGUUCAUCGCUUGGCCGUGUACCCAAGGGGCCAAUGCUUUCUUGAGUGGUACUUGUUUUCCGAUGGACAAUUCUACUGACAGGCAGGAAAUGGGGUACGGCUCUAAGCAAGGCUCUAGAGGGAUUUAUUACCUAGCAACCAGGGCUGAAGAUUUAUUUUGCGGGGAUCCGCUCAGAGCGACUGUGACAACCUCAGCAGGUGCCCCGAAAACUGAAGGAAGUCUUUAUUUAAAAAUCGAGAAUACAAAUGCCACAACAAUUUUCAAAAUUGCUAUAAAUCUUCAUGAUAGGAAUACCGAGUCAACGACAUUUCGCGCCAUUUCAACAUCGAAGUUCAGAUCAAUCAUUGAAGAUACAAAGAUAAUUAAUGGUCUGAUGUGGUAUCAGUCCGUUGCUGCAGAACAGGAUGUUGUGACCACUCGGCGACCCCAAAUAUCCACUUUAUUGAUCGAUAAAUUGGCUAUCGAGGAUCAAAAAGGCAACAGGUGGGAGAACUGCAGAAAGAACUUUUUGAUUGACCUCAAGGAAAUUCCAAUUGAGUUGAAAGAAGGAUUUUGUAGAUUAGUAUGAUCAACGGUAGAUUACGAAGAAAACUGUGGUCAUGCCGAUGCACCAGCAGCUCUAUCAGCCUCAAUAUUCAGUACUUCUAUUUACCCAUCAUCUGAGAUGAGUAGGUUCAAUCAGCAUUACGAGGUCCUUUAAAAAAAGCGGGAGACGCCACCUAGAAAAAGCUGUAGGAGUGGGGUUGGAAGCGAGAGGCUAGGAACCUGUUUGAAAAUAAUUUU